AUGACUACUUUCAAACGGGAAGACCUCUGUCGUGUUUUUUUUAGUGAUUUGUCUGAGCAGUGUGAUGAGGAUCUUAUCUAUGAACUCUGCAUGCAGUUUGGCCCUGUGGCGAAUAUCACUUGGCCGACGACUGGCAAUCUUGGCGGUGGGGGCGCGCAGCACAUGACCUUCUGCUUUGUGGACUUCCGCAAUGCGGAGGACGCCAAGUACUGUUACGAGGCCCUCCACCGCAGUCGCGUGAAGAUGUUCGGCAAGGAACUGCGGGUCUCCCACGCGAGCACCGACAUUCCCGCGCGCGAGAGCGGCGGCCGGGCUGCAAACAACCGCCACGCGGUGCACGAGCUGCACGAGAUUGGCGCGAAGGUUGUCGUCCGCGGCGUGGACCCCGCCGUGACGGAGUACGAACUGACGACGUUCUUCGAGCAGUUCGGGAAGUUCGCCGUGCCGCCGCGGAUGCUGCGCGACUUCGACGGCAACUUCCGCGGCGUCGUGGUGCUCUCGUACGACGACUUCGCCUCCAGCGACCGCGUGAUCGACGAGAUGCACCACAAAGUCUACCGCGACCGCCCGAUCGCCGUGCAGUACGCCGAAAUGGCAGACGGCAGCGGGCGGCGGCACGGCGGCGCGGCGGAGCGCGAGAACGCGGCGAUUUUCCGCGAGGAGGCGCGGCGGCAUGCGGAGCGCAUCGCAGAGGAACGCGCCGCGGCCGAACGGCAACGGACUCGACGACGGCAGGAGAACGUCGCAUGGGCCGCAGGCAUCGAUCCACACACGCGCGGGCACAGACAAUGA